AUGACACAGGAUAAUGAGAGCACUGUGUCUGAUUUCAACCUCCUGGGGCUCCCCAUUCGGGCAGAAGACCAAGGUGUGUACUCUGUCCUGUUCCUGAUCAUGUACCUGACAACUGUACUGGGGAACCUGCUCAUCAUUCUGCUUAUCAGGCUGGACCCUCACCUCCACACCCCCAUGUACUUCUUCCUCAGCCACUUGGCUCUCACAGACAUAUCUUUCUCAUCAGUCACAGCUCCAAAGAUGCUCAUGAAUAUGCUGACACACAGUCAGUCCAUCUCAUAUGCUGGGUGUGUUUCCCAGGUAUAUUUUUACAUAGCUUUUAGUGAUCUUGACAGCUUUCUUUUGACUUCCAUGGCCUAUGAUAGGUAUGUGGCUAUCUGCCACCCUCUGCACUAUAACACCAUCAUGAGUCAGAACCUCUGUGUUCUUCUAUUAGUUAUGUCCUGGGCCUUAUCUUCUGCUAAUGCUCUUGUACACACCCUUCUCUUAGCUCGCCUAUCUCACUUUAGAAACAAUACCAUCUCCCACUAUUUCUGUGAACUCUCUGCGUUGCUGAAGCUGUCCAGUUCAGACACCACCAUCAAUAAGAUGGUCAUCCUGCCUUUAGGUACUGUAGUCAUUACCUUACCAUUUGUAUUAAUUCUGGUCUCUUAUGGCUGCAUAGGAGUCACAAUUCUGAAAAUUCCCUCUAUCAAUGGAAUCUACAAAACCUUGUCCACGUGUGGCUCUCAUCUCUGUGUGGUUUCUUUGUACUAUGGGGCCAUCAUUGGACUAUAUUUUGUCCCCUCAUCUAAUAACACUAAUGACCAGGAUGCCAUUGUUGCUGUGAUAUAUACUGUGGUCACACCAAUGUUGAAUCCCUUUAUUUAUAGUCUCAGGAAUCGGGAUAUGAAAGGAGCACUGAAAAAUAUCCUCAGCAGGAGACUGUGUUCACAGUGA